CGAAACUUAACGAGUUUACCUGCGUUUCAAAAGUAGGUUUUUGCGGAAUUAAGCGGGACCCAAAAGCAGUGACUACAAGAAGAAAGUCAACCGUCACUAUGGCACAUUCUAGAGCUCCAGACCCCAAAAGGGAACAGUUUAGGAGAUACUUGGAGAAGGCUGGUGUUGUUGACAGUCUGACCAGUGUUCUAGUGUCUUUGUAUGAGCAGCCCGAAAAGCCCAACAACGCUCUGGAAUUUGUGAAGGAGCAUCUCAAUUCUGGUGGUCACACUUCAGCAGACGCGGAGGCUCUACAGCAGGAGGUGAUUGACUUGAGGCAGAGGUGUGCACGUCUGGCAGAGGAAAACAAAGACCUCAAAUCAAGGCUGCAGCGCUAUGAACCUGAAGAUGGAGCCACAGCUGACUAGACCGCAGCGGCGCUCUGGCUUCAUCGAUGUAGAUUUAUUUUGCUUUCAGGACACGACAACACUAUUGCGUGAAGGCAGAGAACUUUUUAGGCACCUGUUUUUGUAAAUCUUCUUUUCUACGGUUUCUUAGAAUUUAACUUAUUCUGUACAUGUAUGUAUAUAAGUUUGUUCCUUGUUUGUUUAAUCUUUAGCUUUACUGAGGAAUCGCCCGUCUAUAUGGCUGAAAAAGUCAGAUCUUAAAAAGAAAUACUUCACCCUUAAUAAAGUAUUCAUUUAAGACAUGGGGCAUGUCAUUUUGUGAAGGGUCUAUUUAAAAAGAAAAUGUUUUAAUUUUUCUGGCAUAGUUAUAAACAAUCAUACUCUGUCCAGAGCCACAUGGCCGUGUGUGACAAAGACACACUCGUACUUUAUUCCCUAAAAUAAAAUAAAGCACUUCUCGUCUUGUAAUCGUUGUCGUAUCACUGAUUGAACUCAUUUCUAAUGCAUCAGUCAGGCCUUUUAUUAUUAUGAUGGGAUUUUGUAUGUUUAUUGUAACGUUCAUUACUUUCUACUCUGAUGCAAAAUGAACAAAACAAGUAUGUAAAUGAGUGAUAAUAUUUUGGAGACAGUGGGGAACAGAGCACAUCUGGUUUAAUCAGAUUUAAUCACUUUAGAUUCAAAACUAUCAACAGUAAUCCAACAGCUUUCUUGUUGCUGCGAAUGUUAUCUGAUUAUUGACUCGUGAAGACUAAAUCUCCCCAAAACAUGCAGAGAUGAAAUUUAACUGCAAACUUCACACUAAAUAUUCUUUUCUCCAAAAAUAUCUGGAUGUUUUUGUUUAGUUUGACUUCAUGGUUCAAAUGUACGCAUUGCUAUGGGACAGACAGU